GAUCAAGCCCAGGGGCGGACUGACCAUUUGGAAACUCGGGCACUGCCCGAGGGCCCGGGGUCAGUAGGGGGCCCCAUGAGAUGCCCCUGGUACCUUUUUCAUAGGCUUUUUUGAGUUUGGGCAAGGACACAGGGGCCCCAUGUUCCCCUAUUGCCCGGGGGCCCCAUGAGUUGUCAGUCCGCCCCUGAUCACGCCCGCCCACAUUGUUUUCUGCAUAAUUGCCCCCCACUGCACUCCUUCCUGUGUCCCAUACGUUUCAAUCUGCUGCCCAGGCCC